AUUUUUUUGCGACGGGUGCAUCCGGAACAUACUCCUCCAAUCGGGCAUUCCCUAAGCUUUCAAACUGUAAAUAUCUCUUAGUUCUAUCAUUUUUCGUCUGGCACGAUACCUUCGUAAUAUUACCAUCUUCCACUUUCUUUGGUGUCAACGUAGAGUGGUUUUACGUAUAAACAAUAAAAUUAAUUAAUGAUGGGGUCAGAGGAGAAGCCAAAUAUCCUGGAGAGAUUCAUAAUUUUUAGUGAAACUCACGCUGAAACUAUUAAGAUCGUCAGUUAUGGUGUUGCCAGUAUGAGUUUGGUCAUUGCACUCUAUCAAAUUAGACCUUUUGCUAAAUUUAGGAAACCAUCCAGUGUGCCGUCUCAUUUUUUGCACAAGAAAGUUCCACUUGAAGGUACUGUGAUACGUGUAGAACCUAAUUGUGGAACACUUCUCAUGAUUGACCACAAGCCAUUAAUACCUCUCCCUCGAUUGAGUAAUUCAAAUUAUCUACCUGUUAAAAUAGCUGGAGUUAAUGUAACAGCUAAUGGUAUCAGCUGGUUACAAACAAUUGUCUGUGGAAAAAGCAUAACUUUUACACCUUUGGCUAAAGAAAAGGAAUACUUGAAUUGUUUGGUUACUAUGCUACAACAGAAUCAGAAACGUGUAACAGUUGGAGAAGAGCUAGUGGAACUUGGUUUUGCUACAGUAACAGAAAGCUCAUUGAAGCCAACAUUACAGAACAAAGAAAUCGUUAAAUAUCAAAAAUGUUUAUUGAACGCACAAAAACGAGCACAACGUAAAAGGAAUGGAUACUGGCAUUUUGCUAAACAUUCAACAAUCUUAUGGAAAAUCGAACAAAGUUUUUAUAAAAAACUAAAAUCCAUAUUACCUGUGUAUAUAGUACAACGAUUUAAUAUUUAAA